AUGACUCACCAAGUCGCACGGUGCAGGCCAGCGCCGCACGCGCUGCCUCACGGCUCGCUGUCGUCGUCGACGGCGGUCGCAAACGUUCGCUCUUUAAAGGCUCCCACGCCCGCCUUGCUCCUCACCUCCCGCCGCUCCUCCUGCCGCCUAGCCGUCCGAGCGAUCCUGGACAAGUCGUCCAGCCGCAACAGCAACAGCAGAAGCGGCAGCGGCGACCCGGGAGACGGGCAUGGAAAGGUCAGCAGCGACCCGCUGGAAGUAGCGCGGUCGGCGCUGGAGCGGCUGUUCCAGCAGGCGCACGAGCACGAGGAGAAGCAGCGGCUGUUGGGCCCCGCGACGGCGACGGACCUGACGGGCGCGUCGGUGGCGUUCCUCGAGAACGCCGUGCAGCAGCUGGAGGUCGACCUCGCAGCCGUCUUCGAGGCGCUCCGCGAGAAGGAGGGCGAGCUCGCACUCGACGAGCGGCGCGUCGCGGACGAGCGCGCAAGCCUGGUCACUGCGCGGGAGGCGCUCAUGGCGCGCGAGGCGCAGCUGGAGGAGCGGCAGGCGGCGCAGGGGGUGAUGAGGGAUGAGGCGGAGCGGCUGCGGCGGAAGGUGCGGGAGCAGGACGCGGAGGUGGAGGAGGUGAAGCGCGCCGUGGCGGAACGCGAGGCGGAACUGACUCGCGCGAAGGAGGUUCUGGCGCUGAAGGAGGAGGAGAUUGCGCGCGCGCACCUCGCCAUCCGCCAGCGCAACGAGCGCAUCGAGGCGGCGGAGAUGGACGCCAAGACGCGCGAGACGCAGCUCUCGGCGGCGGAGGCGGAGCUGCGCCGGCUGGAGGCGGACGUGGCGGCGGCUGAGGGGGAGGGCAGGCGGGCGGCGCAGGAGGCGGAGGCCGCGAGGAGGGAGCUUGAGCGGCAGGAGGCGAAGCUGCAGAAGAUGGCGGCGGAGCUCGAGGGGCGCGCGCAGGUGGUGGCGGCGGCGGAGGAGGAAAUUAAUGCGCUGUCCGCGCGCCUUCGCGAGGCGGGAGCGAGCGGGAAGCUGGUGGAGCAGGAGGUGUCGGGCGCGCGGCGGGUGGUGGGCGACCUCAAGGCGGAGAUGGCGCUGUCGGGCGGCGCAGCGGAGGCGUUCCGCGCGCAGGUGAAGGAGCUGCGGCUGGCCGUCGCGCGGAAGGGGCGCGAGGCGUCUUCCGCGCGCAUGCAGGCGCAGAAGCGCGACAAGGAGCUGAAUCGCGCCAAGGGCGAGCUGGAGCGCGACCGGGCGGCGCUGAAGGCGGCGAAGGCGCGCGUGUCGGAGCUGGAGAAGCAGGUGCGCGCGCAGGUGGACGAGGCGGAGAGGCUGCGGAGUUCGGUGAACGCGGAGCGCGCGGAGAUGCUCAACGCGAGCACGGAGCUGGCGCAGCUGCGGAAGGAGUUCCGCCGGGUGGACGGCGAGUUGCGCGAGGCGAAGCUGGUGCUGAACCUCAAGGAGGCGGAGAUCGUCAGCCUGCGACUGCAGCUGCGCGACGCGCAGGCGAAGCUCGCGACGUCGCAGGCCGACCUGGCGACACGCACGGCGGACCUGAUGGCGGCGCAGCGGUCGAUGGUGGAGAUGCGGCGCGAGAUGAAGGCGGUGGCGAUGGAGCUGCGCGUGAAGGAGGAGCGCCUCGCGGGCAUGGCGGCGGACAUGGCGCGCAAGGACGCGCGCCUGGCGCAAGUGGAGCAGCAACUCGAUGGCAGCAACGCGCGCCUCGUCGUCGCCGAGUCGACCGUCCAGCAGAUCGCACAGCUGUCGCAGAAGCUCGCAGACUCCGCGCUCGAAGCCGCCGAGCGACUGGGCCUCGGCCCGUCGGUGUCGCUCGAUGCGGCGCCGCUGUCCGCCGGUGCAGCUAAGGGGAGGCAGUACCUGAACGCGCACGGCGGGGUGGGCGAGAGCGCGCUGCUGGCGGAGACGAACCAGCAGCUGUUCGCUGCGAGCCGCGCGCUGCUGGAGCGCGACGCGGCGCUGCACCGCCUGCAGGUGUCGACGCGCGAGGGGCGCGAGGCGGAGGUGCGGCUGCGCGGGGAGCUGGCGGUGGCGCAGGAGGAGCUGCGCGAGCGCGAGGGCGAGGUGGUGGAGGUGCGCGCCGUGCUGCAGGAGCGCGACGAGGAGGUGCGGCGGCUGCGCGCGCGGUGGGGCCAGCGAGAGGGGGAGUUGAGCGCCAUCCGCGAGGAGGUGGUGGCGGGCGCGCGGGAGAUCGGCGAGCUGAAGCGCGCCAUCACGGGCGCGAGCAGAGCGGGCGAAGGGGAGGGAGAGGGCGUGCAGUUGGCGGACGAAGUGGUGAAGCUGGAACUCGAGGUGGCCAAGGCAGAGGCGGAGACAGCCAUGACGGCGCUGCAGGGGCUGCUGGACCUCAGCUACCAGCUACGGGACGACUGCGCCACCCAUGCCCUCCCAGCCACACACCCUCGCCAACCUGCCGUGCCACCUGCUGCUGCUGAUAUGCUGGCACGUGCAGGGGCACAUGUGGCGGUGGGCAGUGGAGCCCCCAGAGGGGCGAAGGGGGAGGUAAAGGAGGAGGCGGGGGUGGUGCAGCGGCGGGUGGUGCAGCGGGAGGAGGCGCUGGGGCUGGCGGCGAGGGCCAUGGGUGGGCUGAAGCGGCUCACUCGCAAGCUGGUGGCAGACGCUGAAAGCGAGCUGGCGGGCGUCAUGGGCGGCAAUGCUGCUUGA